AUGUCGACGCAAGAAUCAUUCGGUAAUUCGGCUCCUAAGGGUCGUAAUUUGGAAGCAGAGUUGUUGCGGUCCCUAUUGGCGAAGCCUGAGCACUUCUAUGGAAAGGCUAGUGAAGAUCCCAUGGGGUGGCUCCGAAGCAUUAAGCGGUUACGUCGUGGUGGAAUUUCCGAUAGCAGUAUUCUUUUGGUAGCUGGAUCUCACUUGAAGGGUGCUGCUGGAAAUUGGUGGGCUG